UUGGCUCGAGCGCCUGGCGGCGCUCUGAAUCUAGAAGUGCAUACGUACCGUACACCGGCAGAAGCACGGCCGUGGAUGUCAUGACCACGUGGCCCGGCGGCCCGGCCGCGACCCUGGGUCUGCUCUCCCUCUGCCGCCUGGCCCUCGGCCUCAGCGUCGGCAACGGCCCCGUGGUGGACGGCCCCGCCCGGCGCAUACCCUGGGCAGUACAGCCCGGGGAGCCGCUCACGCUGGGCUCGGAGGGGACGGAUGCGCGCGGCAGCCUGUACUCGGCCGGCGCGGACUCGGGGCAUCGGCGCGCGGGCAGCUCCCAGACCUCGGCGCUGGCGGCCUCCCUGGUGGCUGGCAGCGCUCUGGCCACUCACACGCACAGCCAGCAGGUGGGCCUGCUUCUGGGGGCGCCGCUGCCCGCCGGCGCCAACGUGACCUGCCUGCUCUCGCAGGCGUGGGACGGGCCCUCCAGCGACAGGUACGGCAGCCUCUCGGGGUCGAUCUCGGGCGGCCGGAAGGUGAGGUGCGACCUCCCUGUGAUGACGGCCGAGGGCCCCGUCGACGUGCAGGUGGUGGCGACGGCGGCCGGACAGGAGCUGAUCUCUCCGAAAGUCAGCCUGUGGUUCGCGACCGAGCUGGCGGUGUCCUUCGACCGCCACCCGUACUACGCGGUGGACGAGGGCGAGCUGCUCGUACGUACCAACGUCUCGCGGGGCAGGGGCGGCUGCUACGAGGUGCACGCGCGCCUCGACGACGCCUCUUCGGGAGGCCGGGACGUUCCCGUCAUCCUCGAGGCCCACGACGUGCCCGGCAAUGGCAACACGGUGCUGAAGGUCGACUUCAGGCAGCUGCCCGCGAAGCUGGACGCCCAGGUGGACGUCACGCUGCGCACCUGCGGGGAGGGGGCCGAAUCGCGCACCGUGGCCACGCAGAAGGCUCGCCUCAUCCGCGUGCCCGAGCACAAGCGCGGCGGAGCAGCCGUUGACCACAAACGCCGGACGCUCAUUGUGGACGGCCGCCCCUUCUUCUCGCUGGCCUGGUUCAGCAUGUACCUCUUCUACGGCGUGGAGGCGACCAUAGAGAGCCUUCGCGACAUGUCGCGCCGUGGUGCAAACUCCGUGGUCAUCUACAACCUCGUCGCUCACUCUUUGGUGCCGCGGUUCAAGGAUCGCGGAGGCACGCUGCCGCUCAGCGACUCCAUGAAGGUGCUGGAUGCCGCAAACGCACUCGGCAUCAAGGUGCACGUGUACCUUGUCGAUCUUUGCGAUCCCAUCACGAACCGCAUGUACGGUGCAGACUACACCCACCUGAAAGAGGCGAUCUUCACAAUGAAGGACCACCCAGCAGUCCUUUCGUGGUACGUCGCCGACGACGCGUCGGGCCCAGGGCUCCCGGAUCUCUACAAACAGCUCAAGGACUGGGAUCCCUACCACCUCGUCAGCAUCGCUAUCACCGGCCCUGGCAACAUCUACGCGAAGAAGUAUGUGGAUGGAGCAGACAUCAUUAUGCUGGAAACGUACGAGGCGUACUCUGAUGGCCCCUACAAUGUGAUGUCCAUGUUCAACAGAUGGCCCACUCAGUUCAUGCCCUACAUCACGUGCGGGCGCGCGUGGACCACGGACGAGGACAAUGCCGUGAUCACCCGCCAGGUCUUCCGCUCGCAGUUCUGGCAUGCCAUAGCGGCGGGCACGACGGGGGAGGUCUGGUUCGCCUACCGCAACUCGGAUAAUUGGAAUGAGCCUGGGCACCCGCUGCAGGGCACCUCGACCGAGGUCUCCUUCGAGGUGCUGGACAUGGCGCGGGCCCUGAUGACCUCCGAGGAUUGGUCGGACAAGACUGCCAUCAAGCCGGUCACCGUCGAGGGCCGCUACACGCAGGGAGAACGGUCUGUUGUUCACGGCGACAAGUGGUCCCUGCCGGUCCGGGCCAAGGCCUUCCGAGAGGAAUCUGGUUGCAUCACGCUGGUCGUCACGAACGGCUACGAUUAUCCGAUGGACGUCACAGUGUCGUUUGCCUGGGACACUCCUGGCGUUCACGAUGCUGAGACCAGG